GAUCAUGUCUUUGUGCUUUGGAAGACCAACAAAGGGCUCACAGCCUUGGUCAGACUGAUGUCAUCUGUCGGUGAGUUUCCUGGGUCCUUCAAGGCCCUGGAGUUGAUCAUCAUGUCUUCGACUGAAUGCCGGGAUGCCAUUGGUUCGAGUUUAGCCCUGAUGCCGGGCAAGGAACGAGUGAAUGUGGUGUGGUUCAAAUGCACAGAUCUGCGAUGCCAUGAUCAUGCAGCUUUGAAAGCAGCCCAUCAAGGCCCUCUCCCCGUGCUCCAUGUCUACGUCUUCGACCCCUUCUGGCACGCGGGAAGAACGCGGCUCUGCGGCUUUCCCAAAACGGGCGCGAUCCGAAAUCGCUUCCAGAUUGAGGCGGUACAAGACCUGGCAGAAAGGCUGCGGGAGAAAGGACAUGUGCUGAAUGUGAGGUCGCAGUUGAGCACCAAGCAAUGCUUUGAGGAGCUCUGUCAGGACCGUGGUAUUUAUACUGAGUAUUUUUGA